AUGACCGCGCCUGAGUGCCAUUCUCGCAACCUCCUGCAGCACGACGGCCCUAUCGAGACCUAUCGCGGCCCAGAAGUCGAUAACUCCUACGUUCAUUACGGCUACGAGCAAGAUAUGUACUCACGCGGUGAAUAUCACGCUAUGCGCGGACAUGUUGCUCCCGCUCCAGCUCCGGUGAACAACACGGGUUCAGUGAGUUAUACCCCCACAUAUGACAGCGAUUACGCCGAGAGCGAUCGCGAGGACCACCCCCCAUCCAAGAUCCCAAAGAUCAACAAGGAUGGCGCGCCCCGCAAGCCACGCCAGCCUCGUCCCAAGCUGCUCAAGUGGAGUGACAACGAUUGGAAGAAUGUAGUCCUCGGUAUCGUCUGGGCCUGUGGUGAGACUGGUGUUCAGAUCCCGUUCGACCAGGCUGGCCAGGUUGUCGGCGAGAGCUGUACUGCUGGCGCACUUCAGCAGGCCAUCUUGAAGUUGCGCGGCAAACAGAUCGCCGAGGGCUACCAGAUUCCAUCGUUGAGGAUGGCGUGGACGCGCAAGAACAAGCGUUCAUCUUCUUUGUCGUCCACUGCUAACACCAACUCUCAGCCAAACGCUGGUCAGGACCCACUGACUCCUUCCCGUCCGUCCUUGAUCGUGAAGCUAAAGGUCCUAGUGUCCAAAUCCGGCCUUGUCAAGCAUUCACCUGGAUUCAACAAGGUCGGCGCUGAUUGUGUUCACGAGGAGUCCAAGGAGAAAGAUGAGAUCCUCAACCAUCUUCAAGAUCAAAAGUCCGGCGAGCCUGAUGAUGACGUCUUCAAGUUUGACAACGACGGUGCCCAGGACAAGGAUGGCUUCGUCGAAUCCAAGAUCAACGGCUCUGCUGUGAACAACUUCCCGUCCAACGGUAAUGUGCCCAAGGAUGGUCAAGUCUUCGGUGUCACCAUCCCUCACGCGUCCCCUCCCGGCAAGUUUGGCGGAUACGGUGGCGACAUUGUCCCCCAACGUAUGGCUAACCCGUACCACCACACCCGCGGCUCCCACUUCGAGGCAUUUGACUUCGAUGGAAAUGACCGCGGUAGAGAGUUAAAGUCCGUUGAUCUUGACUCUUUCGAGUUUGUCGACGAGGACAACGAGGCUCUUCUUAGGCACCCACGUAGUGCGUUCAUCCCCGAGAUGUCCCCUCUGUCGGGCCAUGCUUACGAGAGUCCUUAUAGUUUCUCUCGGGAGGAGGGUCAAGAUGUUCGUGGCCACUCGCCUGUGUGGUCCGCGUCAGGACAGCGAGGAGCCCAAGGUUUCCUGGGCUUGGCUUGUUCGCCGCAAGAUGGGCUACCGCCGCUAGAGGCCGGCCAUGUCCCUGAUCUGUUUUCUCACAACGUUUUCGCGAACUGCGGUAUCGAUCAGGGCCCAUACGCCGACGUAUUCAUGGCCGAGGCUCAUGAUGGCUAUGGUUUCAACGCGGGACAUUCCAAUUAA